CAAAUGCACAAAGCAAACGGAACGAACGGGGAGGGAUUUACCUGAAUUUGUCCAAUAGAAACUCUCGUUUUCUUUGAAACUGUUUCCUUUACAAAACGUUUCACAACGGAAUUCGACUAAUGAAUACACCAGUGAUAAGGGACCAGAUUUGAUAUUCAUGGUGCAAACCCGUGUAGGCCACACAGCUGGCCAAGUUUAGUCACAUGCUUGUUGUUAUUGUUCUGGUAGCCUAGUGCUUUCCUGAAUGGUCUGCACUCGAUCUAAACCUUUCUCCCAAUUCAGAGGCAUCAGAAUAAUAUUGUCUACAUUCGGAUUUGUAAUUACAGGAUUCUUCCAAAUAUUUAGGACGUUUGACUCGGAACGAUCGCGACGCAAAGGGGGAGUCAAUCAAAUACGCAUUGCGUCCCUUAUUUACCAACAUGACGGAAGACAAAGAAAGUGUCAUCGAUGAAAAUUUGCAGGGUUCCUGGGUGGAGCUGCACUUUAACAAUGGCAACAGUGGUGGCUCACCAGCACAUGGGGCUGCUGGUGUGGAGGAAGAGCAGGUACCAGGCUCUGCCACUGAGCUACCAGGCUCUGCCACUGAGCUACCAGGCUCUGCCACUGAGCUACCAGGCUCUGCCACUGAGCUACCAGGCUCUGCCACUGAGCUACCAGGCUCUGCCACUGAGCUACCAGGCUCUGCCACGGAGCUACCAGGCUCUGGGUUAGGUGCCUCUGCCUCAGUCCAUGGUGGAGACCUGAUGGCUAGGUCUGCGUCGGUCCUGCCUGGGUCUCUCUCUGCCUCUACCCAGGGAGGUGACCUGAUUCCUGGGUCAGGGUCUGGCUCAGUCCAGGGAGGGGUGGACUUGGAGAAGAUGUUGUUAGACGCCCAGCACGAGUCAGGAAGAAGCAGCUCCAGGGGCAGUGUUCCCUGUGACAGUCCUCCGAGACCCCAGACUCCUUUGCUCCGCCGUGGCUCAGAAGUGCACAGCUCAGGAGAGAAGAACAGCUCACAGUCUGAAGAAGACUACCUAGAACGGAGACGUGAAGUGGAGAACCUGAUGAAGAAGAACGCAGACUGGAUCUGGGACUGGUCCAGUAGACCUGAGAACAUUCAACGCAAGGAGUUUGUUCUGAAGCAUCCCAAACGUAUCAACCCUCUCAGCAUCAGAAACACCAGCGUCAUGAAGAACGGAGGGAUCUUCUCUGCAGAGUUCCUCAAACUUUUCCUUCCUUCUCUGCUCAUAUCCCACGUACUGGCCAUCGGUCUGGG